AUGGUAUCAUCCGUAGGCAUCCGCAGUAACAGCAAAAUAACCCGCUUUUCGAAAAGCUCAAUUUUAGGAAAGGGGACAGACUUAGUAAAUGUGAAGGACGAUGGGAGAUUGAAGGAGUACUUGUGGUGGAACGGGCUCAUUAAGCCAAAGGAAACCUUUAAUGCAAAGAAAACCAAGGGGUUCCUGAUCGUGAAAUUAUUCCUCUAUGGAUAUUUAAACAGAAUAACUACUCACAGGUCGAAUAAAGACAAAGACCUAAUGUACCCCUAUUUAAAAAUCCUCCUAAAUAAUGAAGAAAUCUACAGGACGAAAGUUUUACACAGUUCGUUAAACAUAUGGGAAGAAAAAGUCGACAUCGAAAUUCACUACAUCAAAAGUAAAAUAGAAAUUCAGUUGUACGAAAUGGAUGAAACGGAGGGAAUCGUGGAGGAUGAAUAUAUGGGCAGUGCCUUCAUCGAUGUUUUGUAUCUACAGCUGUCCAAGAAGUAUGAUAUAAUUCUUAAGUACAGUAACAAAGUGGGACACUUGAUAGAUCCUUAUCAUUAUAGGAAGAAGCUACAUGAUGAAGCAAGCAGGGAACCGAAGGAGGGCCAGACAGGGGAACCAACUCACAACAAUUGUUGUACAAAUUCAGUUAAUGAUACUUCUUCACCAGGACAGGAGAAAUUUCCGAACGAUUACAACGUUCGCAUCUUUGCUAAACUAGUUAACAGAAAAAACUGCAACAACUUGGUUUUGCAGUUAAACUGCAUUUCAUCCCUUAACUAUUCCUAUGUUCACGGAAACAACGAAAUAUUGGACAAAGAAUUAAAUAUAAAUCAGUUGUAUGAUGAAUUGAAAAAUAUAAAAGGAAAUGUCGAAACAGUCUGGUUGCCCUUCUUUUCAAUUAUAUAUAACUUUGCCUCAUGGAGAGCGCCCUUAUAUUCUGCUUUUUUUCUAAUUUUUUUUUCUUUUUCCUUUUUGUAUUCCAAAUUUUUUCUCUCCUUUUUUUUACUAGCUCUAAGUAUAAUGUUGUUCAUUUUGGUUUCCAUCAUUAAGGAAAGUGACAAGAUAAAACGAAAUGGCCAAAUUAGCACUUGGGCGAAGGCUGGGUGGACUUCUAAUGCUCGCUCGUUGACAGGACAGGAGAGGAAGGAAGGAAGAAAGAAGGAGAAGAGGAGUAAACGUUUUAACUACUGGAUGCAGGCAAAGAACCUUGGUGGGUACUGCCAACCUCAGGGAGGGAAACUUGGCUUAAAUGAUAAUACCUUAAAGGAAAAUGGAGAUUCGGGUAGCAUCUCUGAGAACAGCGGUAGUUAUAGUAGCUGCUCCUCAACCGACUUGAGUACGGACCAUUCGAGUGGUCUUUCAGAUUCCUGUGGGAGCGGCACAGAGUCUAGUGCACGUCUAAACUCUGGGGGGGAGUGCAACAGUGUGGAGGGAGGACCGAAGCGCGAUAACGGGGAGAAGGGUGCGAAAGACGGGACAGGUGAACAGAAAAAAGACACAUGGAGCAAUUAUAACACGAAGGAGAAGCAAAGUAAUAGCAACCAUCCUAGUGGCAAACGGGAACAUAAAAAGGUCAACGGAUACAUGGAGAAGAACACAGCGGACAUGAGUGAAGAUUCAGCCAAGGAGGGGAAAACGAAGAGGCGAAUCAACAGCAGCAACUGCACGAGGGAAGUCAGCACGGACAACGAUGACACAAGUAGCGAACUGAAUCUAACGGAAAAUGGAAGUAGCUCUAACGAAAGCGGAGGGGAUAACCUACAUGUUAUUAAAACAUUCGUCUCGAACAUAAUAGAUGAUGAAAUUAUUAACAACGUAAAAUAUUUCCACUAUAUAAUUUUCUAUUUCACGAGGUGGUCACAGAUUUUAUUUCUUUUUUUGCGAAGGUUCGGGUACAUUCUGGUGGUCAUUACGUUGCUUUUUUGUUUUUUAAAUAUUUAUUUCUACCCCCUUGUGGGCAGGUUCCUCCGUUUUUCUAUCUUCUCCAGUGGGUUUAUUUUUUUGACCUACAAUUUAAAGCCCACAAAUAUUUUGUACAGGUUUGUCCUGUGCAUUCAGGAGUACUACUUUUGGGGACCGAGUCGCAGGAGCAUGGACAUAUUCUCUGCAUCCCAGGGAGCGUCAACGAGGAACACAAGUGCGUAG